GCUGCACGAAUUUUAUUUGUCCUAAAAUAUUGAAUAUUUCACUGAGAAUUCUUUUCCAAAAUGGGAAAAUACUCGAGAGAACCAGAGGAUCCUUGCAAAUCCUGCAAAGCUAGAGGAUCGGAACUCCGUGUUCAUUUUAAGAACACUUUAGAAACAGCUAAAGCACUUCGAAAGAUGAAACUUCAGCGAGCUGUUUGUUAUUUGAAGAAUGUGAUUAACCACAAAGAAUGUGUCCCAUUUCGUAAAUUUGUUGGUGGUAUUAGCAGAUGUGGACAGGCCAAGACUUUUAAAACAACUAUAGGUCGUUGGCCUAAAAAAUCAGCCGUAUUCCUGCUGCAAUUAUUGAGUAAUGCAGAAUCGAAUGCUGACUUUAAGGGUUUGGAUGUGGAUCGCUUAGUCAUAGAUCAUAUCCAGGUGAAUAGAGCCCCAUGCAUGAGACGCAGAACAUAUAGAGCUCAUGGUAGAAUAAAUCCUUAUUUAUCUUCCCCUUGUAAUAUCGAAGUUUGUCUCAUUGAAAAAGAAAGAGCGAUCACUCAAGUUUUAGAUAAAGAGCCUGCCAAGAGGAAGAAAAUUUCAAAGAAGAAGUUAGCAAAGCAAAAGGCUAAAUUGGCUAGAGAAUAA